AUGGGUCACGCAGCCGCUCUCCGCGCGGGUACGCGCUAUGCCUUCUCCAGGGACUUCAAAAAAGAAGGGAAUGAUUCCUCUCUCGACCUACCUCAAGCAGUACAAGGUCGGUGACAUCGUCGAUGUUGUUGCCAACGGUGCUGUCCAGAAGGGUAUGCCCUACAAAGUCUACCACGGCAAGACUGGCAUUGUCUACAACGUCAUUAAAUCGUCUGUCGGUGUCAUCCUCCACAAGCAGGUCGGCAACCGAUACCUCGAGAAUGGCAUAACAAGGGGAGUGAUGAGCGGGAGGAGAAUGAGGACAGAAGGAGGGAGGACACAGAGGAGGAUAUGGAACAAAAAAAAACACAAAAAAAAAUCCGAAAGACAAGAGAGACCCUAAUCGGCCGAGCCACUCUCACCGGAGUGACGAGCCUCCUCUUCAGCACGAAUCUGGACAUUGUCGGCAAGGAAGCUGUCCUGAACGGCCCUCCUCUUCUCCUCCAGCGCAGCAGAAUUGGGGCCAAUCUCGAGAGCAUUAAGGACCGCCUCCUCGAAGGCAAUGAAGCGGGCGGCAAAGCGGCUAGUCAUCGACACCAGGAGCUUGAGUUGCACAACAACUUCAUCGAUGCCCUCAGCGGCGCGGUUGGCAGCGAGAAGCUCUGGAGGGGGGUUACAGGCAAGCUCCGCGACCUCCUCCUCGAAGUCAGACCACUCCAGCGCAUAGCCGGUCGCGCCACCCUUCUUGACAGGCCAGGUACCGAGCUCGGGCUUGUUGGGCAGGUGAGCGCGCGCCUCAAGAACCCCACGAAUGGGGUCGACGAUCUUGGCGAACAAGGCCUCUCGCUUGGUGUCGGAGGUGUCGAGGGCCGAGACGGACUGGUAGUUGGAUAACCUCUUCCAGGUCGCACGAGGAGCCUGAAAUAGGAGCUUGUAACAGGCACACUUAGCCGCACCGCAGGGGUCGCAAGAGUCCUUGAGGGCAGAACCGCGCUUGGCCUUCGAGAAGACGCACCUCUUGCCGGUCAGGGCACAAUUGAUGCAGACACGAGGAUCCUUGGAGCCACCGGCGCGAGAAGAGCGGGGAGUUCUCUCAACAUCAGAAGACCCGGACUCACCCUCAGAGCUCUGGGCGAUGAUCUCGGCAAGCUGUUCGGCGAGGUCCUCAUCAUCAUCGGCAGACUCGACAGUGCGCUUGGGAGUCGACCGAGCGCGCAGCCUCUUAGAAGGCGUCUCGUUCUGAAGU